AUGCUGCACGCCGCCCUGACCGCGUCGAACGUGGCCAUCGCCUUGUCCUCACUCCUUUUGGCUGUUUCCUUGAUUCAGAAGGCCAGCCUUCAUUAUCACCUUAGUAAACGACCCGGUGUUCGGGCUCACAGUCUCGCUUCGUCCUAUAUCACAUCAUCGUACUAUGCCAUCGCCGCGGCCUACGCGCAGGCUCAGAACCGCCUCUACUCCUUCUUCCAAGGGCUUUUUGAUGGUGCUCCUAGCGAGAGUCCCGACGCGGUGGAACUAGCCUUCGGGGGCAAACGACUCAUCAUCACUCGAGAGCCCGAGCACAUCAAGACUGUCCUCACCAGUAAAUUUACCGAGUAUGGAAAGGGGAAGCUUUUCCACCGCAUCUGGUUACCCUUCUUGGGAGACAGCAUCUUCAGCACAGACGGAAAGCUAUGGCAGUAUAGUCGGGCUUUAAUUCGCCCCAUGUUCACCAAGGAGCGGAUUCGGGAACUGGAAAUUUUCGACCGAUGGUCGGACGUACUUGUGUCCAAACUUCCGCCGUCGGGACAGACGGUUGAUAUCUCCGAUCUGUUUUUUCGCAUGACUCUCGACGUUACCACGGAAUUUCUCCUUGGCCAAAGCGUGGGUGCCUUAGACAAUCCAAAGAGCGAGUUCAGCCGUGCCUUCACGGAAGUUCAAAGGGCGCAGGUUAUGUUGACAUUCCUUGCCCCGGUGAGCUGGUUUGUACCAACGAGCAAAUACAAGGCUCGUGUCAAGUACAUCGAACGCUUCAUCGAGCCUUACAUUGAGAAAGCACUGCAUCUUACACCUGCUGAGCUGGAGGAGCUUUCCAAGUCGGACCGGGAAUUCACGUUUCUUCACAACAUCGCUCUUUCUUCGCAAGACCCCAAAGUCAUUCGAGAUCAAAUCAUCGCCGUGCUCCUCGCAGGCCGAGAUACGACCGCCGCAACCUUGUCCUGGGCUAUGUACGAGCUAUCGCGAUACCCGCGAAUUUGGAGUAAGCUUCGUGAGGACGUUUUCAAGCACGUUGGCGACUCGAGGUCACCAACGUAUGAAGACCUCAAGAACCUCACCUAUCUUACCCACGUACUGAAUGAGACGCUUCGACUUUACCCAGCCGUCCCUUACAAUUGGCGAGAGUGCAGUACGUCGUUUUUAUUUAACACUAGUCUAACGGGUAUGUAUUCUGCGGCGCUAAUGCGUGGAGGCGAAACGCACAGUCGAGGACUUCUCCAGUUUGCCUGGCCGGCCGGGUCAACCCGACAUCAAGACCCGUAG